CUGCAUUGGUAUGUGGAUGGGCAGGUGAAUGCAGAUUUCUAACAUGCGGCCAUUUGUCUUCCAGUCUUAUUUUGUAACAGAUUAUGAUCCGACCAUUGAAGACUCCUACACAAAGCAGUGUGUGAUCGAUGACAGAGCUGCUCGGCUGGACAUUCUGGAUACAGCAGGACAAGAGGAGUUUGGAGCCAUGCGAGAGCAGUACAUGAGGACUGGCGAGGGCUUCCUGCUGGUCUUUUCCGUGACCGAUCGAGGCAGUUUUGAAGAAAUCUAUAAAUUUCAAAGACAAAUCCUCAGAGUCAAGGAUCGUGAUGAGUUCCCCAUGAUUUUAAUUGGUAAUAAAGCUGACCUGGAUCAUCAAAGACAGGUGACACAGGAAGAAGGGCAGCAGUUGGCACGGCAGCUGAAGGUAACAUACAUGGAAGCUUCUGCCAAAAUUAGGAUGAAUGUCGACCAAGCUUUCCACGAACUUGUCCGGGUGAUAAGGAAAUUUCAGGAGCAAGAAUGCCCUCCUUCGCCAGAACCAACACAGAAAGAGAAGGACAAGCAAGGCUGCCACUGUGUCGUUUUCUAAGAACCCCGCGAGUUUCAGCUACCGACUGCCAGGAAAAGCCCCCUCGACUUCUCUCCUUCCGGUUUGUCGCGCCGGCCCUUUCUCGCCUCAGACAAGCAAGCCCUACCAUGUCACCACGUUAGCCUUCGACCAAGAAGCGGGCUGAUCCUUCCUGUGAAAUAAUACGAUGGUCAUUUCCCAGACACAUUUAACGGAAACACUAAGGCUGCUUUUAAGAUCUGAUUCCUUUACAAUACGUAAAACAAGCGUGUGCGCGCACACACGUUCUUUAAGGGCUGACAUUUUAAUAGAGAUGAGUCCGUUUUGGAACCUAAGCUGUUUGCCAAGCGGAAGUCAUAGGUUGUGAAAUAAUUCUUAACUUCUGGAAUUUCAUUGCUUACCGCUACUCUAAAUAGAAACAUAGGGGGGUAAUUUUUUUAAGUUGGUUGUUUUUAAAUGUGAAUUUUUGCCCACCCUAUACAUUUUUGAUACAACUACACUUGUAAAACACUGUAUUGAAUUUCUAAACGUGAGACAUCUCAGAUCUUACUUGAUGCUACAGCUUCUGUGUUCCAGUGGCCCAAACCCAAAAUGCCUGUUGUGUUAUGGAAUAAAAGUCGUUCUUAAUACUUUUCUUCUUGAAGGCAAUGAUAUUCUAUGUGGCCAAAUAUUUGAGCUGACUCUGGACUCUGAAACACUUUGUUCUUCUCCCUUUUUAAAAACGUAGCUCUUCAUAGCCAUGUGUGGAAGGUGGAAAUCAAUAAUUUGUGUCUCGUCUUCCUUUUCAAGUAUUUCUGGGUAAGGGGUUCAAUAAAACAAAAACUGCUUUUUGUUUGAUGUAAUAUAAAAUGUGGAAUUGAUCUUUCCGGGGUCAGAGAUGAUUAAUGUUUUUGCUAUAUACUUUUAUACAUUAUUUUCUUAUCAAACUAGUUAACAAGUAUUUUUAUAUGUUUGUAAGCAAAUAUGCUUUCUCAGCAUACCUUGUGUAUAUGUAAAGAUAAGUAUUUAAUUCUCAUUGUUCACUUUUAACUGACAAAGACAGACCAAUAUGUGGAAGCUGCAGAGACUGGGGUAGAACUUGGCUCCGGUUGUGAUCCUGGUUGUACCUGCCUUUGGCCAGUCACACCCCCACUGAAGAAACCUUCCCGGGGGAGGCCAGCGCCCAGGAUGAGAACCCGGCGUCCCUCUCCGUGUGCCCUACUAGGUAGUUGCCUGCUCUGUCAGAUGUCACACGUGAACAUGUCAUAGUUGAUGAGUGUGACUGUGGAUGGCUUCUGAUUUCAUUUUCAAAAUUCUGUGGAUUGUGUUUCAACAAUUCGAAAGUCUGUUUCCUGAUGUCGAGAUACUAAGUGGUGUCGCACGGUUGUCACUUUACAGAAUGUGUACAACGGUCCCAGGACGUUUAUCAAGCGUGCCCCGUAGAGCUGCAGGUGCUGGAAUAAAGUCGCUCUGGUAUCACAA